CUUAAUAUACAAACAAACAAACAAAUUAUGAGUUAUAUAAAACCGGAAAUUUAUGAAACUGCUACACAACAUAUUGAACAACAUAUCAUCGAUUCAAUAGCUAAUAUUAAAAAUGAAAAACCUUUUUACAAUACUAUUGUCGAUAUCGGUUCAGCUGACGGAGGACUUACCAAAUAUUUGUCGGCAAAUGUGCCGCACAAACAAUUAAUUGGUAUCGAUAUCGAUCCGGAAAUGAUUGCUUACGCCAAAAGUCAAUCAAUAGAUGACAAUACCAUCGUUUAUAUUGAACAGGAUAUGAAUGUUGAAAACUGGUCGCAAUUAUGUCCACAAAUACGCCAAUUGGAGGGUCGGGUAGAUCUGAUAUUUUCAAACGAUACCCUAUCUAAUAUUGCCGAUCGCAAACAAUUAAUGACCAACUUAUGGCAAUUGCUAUCAUCGGACAACGGUAUACUACACGUUAAUAUACCGAUAAUACCUGAUCUGAACAGAAAACUGGCUAAAAGUGAACAAAGAGAUUGGUAUCAAUCGGUUAGUAAACAGUUAGACGACUGGAAGUCUGGUUUACAAGAAAAUGGAUUUCAAAUUAAAGAGUUUCGUGUCUUUAAUAUCAAUACUAUUGCCAAACGACAUGAAAUUAUUAAUUUUCUGCCAAUGAUGGUCCAAAAUGUUGGUACAUUUUUUACCGAUAAGCGCCAGUUUGAGGACGAACUUGACGGACAUCUUACCGAUACUGUAUUUGAUGCCUAUACCAGUCAACCCGAUGCCACACCCAAUCCAAACGCUUGGAAACAAUUUAUGGCCGACAAUACUAUUACCGAAGUCACUCUAAUACGUCAAGCUUUAAAAUUUAUUUGUAUUAAAAAUAUUUGAUUUAGACUUAGAUUAAAUUAUUAUUAUUA